AUGGUUCAGAACGGAGGUGACUUCGACCUCGACAUCGACAUGGCUACCGACCAGCGGGUUCAGGAGUUGGACCAGAGAGACAAGGCUGCUCAAGCUCGAAUCAAGGAACUCGAGAACCGCGAAAAGUACUCGCAGAAGUUAGUCAACAAGGCCUACGCCAAAAUCGAGGCACUCGAGGGCGCCAAAGCGAAGCGCAUCAAGGUCGAACCACCUGGCAAAUACAGAGGAACCAAGGAGGAUCUCUUUCCGGAUGACAAAGCCAAAGUCCUCUACGUAGCCAUAAGACUAGAGGGUAAGGCACUCAGAUGGUUCGAGCCUACGUGGAACGACUAUCUCACCGAGGAAGAUGAAGACGACCGAGACACGUUUACGCAGGCAGUCUUUCGGUCCUACGACCGUUUCGAAGAAGAGCUUCGGAAGCUUAACGACGAGGCGUUGAUGCAAUUGUUCUAUAACGGCUUGAAGGAAAAGGUCAAGGACGAGCUGUAUAAGUACGAUCGGCCUGAGACUCUGGAUGAAUACAUCGCGCAGGCCAUCAGAAUCGAUGAUCGACUCUACAUACGAGAGCAGCAGAAACGAGGUCGAAUAAACGGAACCACGGUUAAGGCCAACGACAAGAAAAAGCGAGCGUACGUUAGUACUUCGUAUAGGACGCACCCUGGAGCCAUAGAUGUAGACGCAGCACAGAAGCAGGACCAGAAGAAGACGACCAAAGACAAGUCCAAUGUCACCUGCUAUAACUACGGAAAGAAAGGGCACUACAAGCAAGAAUGCCGAAGCCCGAAGAAAGGAUGGAAACCAACCCCGGGAAAGGAAAUUACGGCCAUCGACGAAACUACCAAGGACGUCAUCGAAGUAGCGGCCACGAGCUACGAAGACAAGGGCAGUGACACGGACAGUCUCGGAUACGAUGGCAACGGUGAAGACGAACAAGCACCGAACUCCGAACUGAGCGAUGAGAUGAAGGACGAAAUGAGGGAACUCCAACGUAUCGUGGAAACUAUCAAAGGAGAACAGCCCGUGACAUAUGAUGGGCCCGAUAGCUACACCGAGCAUCUUGACGGCCAGCAACUUAGCAACGACGUGCGGAACCUAGAAUACCAGUUCAUGUGA